AUGUCUUCUACUCUCACUACGCUUGUCCCCGUCUUCGAUGGUACAAACCUUCCUUCCUGGGCUCCCAAGAUGCUCGCCUGCCUUUGCUCUGUUGGUCUCGGCUACGUCCUGCGUGUCGCGCGCCCCUCUGAGGCUGCUGCUGACCCGGCUACUGCCACUCCUAGCGCCACCACUGGCACUGGCACCCAGGCCGGUGGAAGUGCAGCUGGAGGAACCCAAGCUGGUGAAACGACUACGUCGUCCAGCAAUGCUGCCUCGUCUUCUGCCGCCGCUCUUGAGUGGGACAAAGAUGACGAGAAAGCCAUGGGCAUGAUCCGCCUUUGCGUUACCAAAUCCAUUGGCCAGAUGCUUGACACCAAGUCGACUGCCAAGGAGAUGUGGAACGCUCUCGAAGCGCAGUACGGCAGGAAAGGCCUCGGAGGAGCAGGCGUACAUGUAAGACCUUUAUAA